AUGAGCGACGAUCCUCAAUCCCCGCGUUCAUUCGCCCUCUCUUAUGUCUCUAAUUCCCGCUUCCACUCCUCAUUCACCUUCGACUCCGCAACAACCAGCGGCCCUCUGAAGGUAACUUACGGCGAAUAUGGCCGGGCGCCAAAUGAACACGACACCAUCCCAACUCUCCUCUUUAUGCCGGGCAUGUAUUCAUCCCGGUAUAUCGGAAUCUGCCUUCACAGAAUUGCCGAGAAAUACGGCGUGCGCGUGGUAGUCGUCGACCGUCCAGGGAUGGGAAAAUCCACCGACGUAGCACUGGCGCAGCGAGUAUCAGCCUGGAUCGAGAUAGUCCCUCGACUUUUGGCGCAUCUAAACAUCCAGCACGUAUCGCUGGCGUCACAUAGUGCCGGCACCAUCUAUCUGCUGAAUACUCUAUAUCACUGUCGGGAUAUUCUGCGUCCUGAUAAAGCGAUGGUUACAUUACUAGCACCCUGGGUCGAUCCCGCCAAAUCAGGAAACACCACCAUGAAAUUGGCGCAAUACAUCCCAACCCCGGCCUUCAAGCUGUGGCAUCAUAUCCCGCGCUUAUUCCUUGUCCAGAACGGGUCACCGAUAGCAAAGAGCGGGGCAGUUGUUGCCGGGUUUUCCGCCAGUUUCCCUUCAAAGAGCAACGAUGCCCAGGCGAAGAAUCGUCAGUACAUCGAAGAAAACUAUGCACUAACGCUGGAGCAGCAGAAGGAAAUUGACUCCGCGAUGAUGCAGGCCAUGUUCCAGGAGGACACGGUUGGGUCAAACAGCGAGGCGCUGCAGUGUCUGCGGAAGGAAACUAAUACCUGGGGGAAGUGCGAAGACUACGAGGUCUUUGUGCGUGAGUUGGUAGAGGUUGAAAAAGGAACAGAUGGUUCACCGUUGGGGGUGAGGGUGUUCUUUGCUGAGAGUGAUAGUAUGAUUGGCAAGAAAGGUCAGGAUUAUUUUGAGAAUUGUUGGGCCCAGACGAGGGGUCGGGACUUGGGUGGUGUUGUCGAAUUUGAGUCCAAGACAGUGGCUGGCACUGAUCAUGAUAGCUUGGUGCAGUCUGCGGAGGUGUGGGAGAGUGUUUUCAGGGAAAUGGGCACAGUGGAGGACGAUAUAUAG